AUGGAGUUCCGGGGACCUGCGGGUAAGAGAGAUUCGGAUCCCGCUGCCCCGAAAUGGGGGCAUAGGGAGCCACCAGAAUUCCGCGGCUCCGCCACCAGCGGGCGUGUCUGCACCUCGGUGGGGCGGGGACAGAAAGCAGAAGAAGGCGGGCCCCACAGUAUACCGGUGGUUAGUCGGUCGCUACUACGCAAGCGUGUAGUACCGCCAGGCCAAGGCGCUAGCGCGGAGCGGAGACUUCGCGCAGGCGCGGGGACCGGCGUGCGUCGGGACGAUGGAGGUGCAGCGGGCCUUGGAGCGGCUGCACAUGACCAUCUUCUCCCAGAGCAUUUCGCCCUGUGGCAAGUUCUUGGCAGCAGGGAACAACUACGGGCAGAUUGCCAUCUUCAGAACCUCGAUCCCGUUUGCUCACUCCCCGGCUCCACGAAAUCAUUUCUUUCCCCUUUCAGUUUAUCAGCUGCUUUGAGCUCAGAGGCCAAAGAGGAAAGUAAGAAGCCAGUGGUGACCUUUGUAGCCCACGAUGGCCCUGUGUACAGCUUGGUCUCAACAGACCGGCAUCUGCUCAGUGCAGGGGAUGGUGAAGUGAAGGCCUGGCUUUGGGGGGAGAUCAUAAAGAAGGGCUGUAAGGAAGUGUGGAGUCGUCAUCCCCCAUACAGGCUGAUCCCAUUUGCCCUUCUAAACAGGAGCAGCCUGGAAGUUCCUGAAAUCAAUGCUUUGCUGCUUAACCCUAAGGAGAAUUCCCUCUUCUUGGCUGGGGGUGACUGCCAGCUUCAUACUAUGGAUCUGGAGACAGGGACAUUCACACGGGCACUUCGAGGUCACACUGAUUACAUUCAUUGUCUGGCUCUUCGAGAAAGGAGUCCUGAAGUGCUCUCUGGAAGUGAGGAUGGCACUGUUCGUCUUUGGGAUCUUCGUACGGGUGAGGAAGUUCAGAACAUUGAAGUUUACAAACAUGAGGAGUGUGCUCGACCACAGAAUGGGAAGUGGAUUGGAUGUUUAGCAACUGAUUCAGAUUGGAUGGUAUGUGGAGGGGGCCCUGCUCUUACUCUCUGGCACCUUCGAUCUGCCACCCCCACAACAGUGUUUCCACUUAGAGCCCCACAGAAACAUGUAACCUUCUAUCAAGACCUGAUCCUCUCAGCAGGGCAAGGACCCUGUGUGAACCAGUGGCAGCUGAGUGGGGAGCUGAAGGCCCAGGUGCCUGGCUCCUCUCCCAGCCUGCUUAGCCUCAGCCUUAACCAGCAGCCUGCUGCACCAGAGUGCAAGGUCCUGACAGCUGCAGGAAAUAGCUGUAGGGUUGAUGUCUUCACUAACCUUGGAUACCGAGCUUUCUCCCUAGCCUUCUCCUAAUCCUUCUCUCCAAUCUUCCCUUCCCCACUUGUUAGGAUCUACUUUGUUAAUAAAAAAAACAAAAAGAAA